AGUGCUAUGUUUUGGGACAGGCUAAUCUGCUAGCGAGCAGUGUGAGGAUCGGAGCGUAUUGUGUGAGCCAGUGUGCGGGGGAAAGAUAAGGGAGCCAGCCAGCCAGCCAGCCCGACGCACCGCCUGCCUGCCUGCCUUGCUGCCUGCCUUUAAUGUGCUGACUCUGGGGAGAUUUUAAAAGACAGCGCAUUGACUCCUCAGACGCGUGUUUGUGCGUGGAGAAACGCACUCAAACGCCUCCAACAAAACAGCCACAUCCAGCCUGAAGUCCAUCAGCAGACAGAGGAGCGAAAGAACAACAUCAAAAACACUGAGAAACAGGAUUGAAAUAUCACAGCUCCCCUAUCAGAAAUUAAAGAGGAUUUUUUUUCAAUAUAUAUAUCCUCAUUUUUUUCCUCCCAAUUGAUUUAAUUUUUUUUUUCCUUUUCCCGGGACAGAGUGAGUGAAGAAAACAGGAGGGAGCAGGAAAAACUGAAGAGAAUCCCCCCCUCCCAAAAAAAAAAAAAAAAAGAUUUAAUCAAAGGACAGAUCUAGAACCUCAUCGCGCAACAUGUUUGAAAUAAGCCGAACACUCAACGCUGCUUUGUUGAGCAACGAGCAUCUCAAGAUGAUGGCGAAGUACGGGCAGCUCUCGGGACUGGCAGCCAGUGGCGUGGGCUCCGUCCCCGAGACGCACGCGCCGCUAUUUUCCAGGGAUCCCCUGUCAUCGCCCGCCCAGAUGGGCUACAGGUCACCCCUGGGGACGACAGAGACACAGUGGCGUCAGGCAGAGCUCCCACAGCUCCAGGGCUGGGCAGAGAAGGGAUUGCUGACACAGCCAAAGAUGAUCAUCAGUAACAUGGAGGCUCCAGUGACAAACGGCCCCAGCGGUGGAGGCAACACAGCCAACGGCCCGAACACCAACAGCCGUGGCUGCCCCUCACCAAUGCAGACCGGUCCAACAAACGACGACAGCAAGACGAACCUCAUAGUAAACUACCUGCCUCAGAACAUGACCCAGGAGGAGUUCCGCAGCCUGUUUGGUAGCAUCGGUGAAAUCGAGUCCUGCAAGCUAGUUCGUGAUAAGAUCACAGGGCAGAGCCUUGGCUACGGUUUCGUCAACUACAUUGACCCAAAGGAUGCAGAGAAAGCCAUCAACACAUUAAAUGGACUCAGACUUCAGACGAAAACAAUCAAGGUGUCGUAUGCGCGACCCAGCUCUGCCUCCAUCCGUGAUGCCAACCUGUAUGUUAGCGGCCUGCCCAAGACCAUGACCCAAAAGGAGCUGGAGCAGCUUUUCUCCCAGUACGGACGCAUCAUCACGUCCCGUAUCCUCGUCGACCAGGUCACAGGCCCCGCAGGUGGCUCCCGAGGUGUUGGCUUCAUUCGCUUUGAUAAGAGGAUAGAAGCAGAAGAGGCCAUCAAGGGCCUAAAUGGUCAGAAACCUUCUGGUGCCGCUGAGCCAAUCACAGUCAAGUUCGCCAACAACCCAAGUCAGAAGACCAGCCAAGCCCUGCUAUCACAGCUCUACCAGUCUCCUAACCGCCGAUACCCCGGCCCACUUCACCACCAGGCGCAGAGGUUCAGGCUGGACAAUUUGCUUAAUAUGGCCUAUGGCGUAAAGAGGUUUUCUCCCAUCACCAUUGACAGCAUGACCAGCCUGGUGGGGAUGAACAUCCCCGGGCACACGGGUACCGGCUGGUGUAUCUUUGUGUACAACCUUUCCCCGGAUUCAGACGAGAGCGUGCUCUGGCAGCUGUUCGGCCCGUUCGGUGCAGUAAACAACGUAAAGGUGAUUCGUGACUUCAACACCAACAAGUGCAAGGGCUUCGGCUUCGUCACCAUGACGAAUUACGAUGAGGCGGCCAUGGCCAUCGCCAGCCUCAACGGCUACAGGUUGGGCGACCGUGUCUUGCAAGUCUCCUUCAAGACUAACAAGACACACAAGUCCUGAACUCUCGACAGCUAGAGGGAGAUGCCCCGAGCCUUUCUCUGCUCCAAAUUUGCCCUCCGACCCCUCCCCUCCACCUCCACUUGUCCCUUAGGUCCCUUCAACCACCACCACCCGACUACAGCCAUCCAACAGCAGAAUUAACUCCGGAACAGAAAGCAGCCUACAGCCCAUCUAACAAAUUGAACUAUAAAUGGCUUAUAUUAUAACUUUGGACCUAUAAGCCAAUGUUGCCUGAGUAUUACAAAAAUGAAAUGAUGAAAAUGUUGAUAAGUUUUUUCGAAGCUCCUGUGAUAAUGCAGGCUUCUCUUUGUUGUAUAAUCUUUUUGUUUGUUGUGAUUGUUGAAUAUAUUUUCUCUUCUGUGUAAACAGUAGCAAAUCCCCGUAUUUCAGAGAAGAGAACGUCCUUUUAAGAUCAGAGCCUUUUCUCUGUCUGAUUCAGGAUUUAGUUUUCUUUUGUAAAUCCGGAUCCACUGUCGUUAGUAUUAUAUACCUCCCUGAUCAGUAAAAGGGAGGGGGCUCUUUUUUAAAUUGGUGAAACCAUUCAUUCAUUUGUAGCGUGUAUUUAAAAGCUUCCCCGUAUUGAUUAUGAAUGGGAUUCUAUAAUCCCUGUAACUCAGAUGUAGAAAAAAAAUAUUUCUAACAUUGUUUUUGUUUUGUAUCGCAAACAAAACAUAAUGUCUUUCUUCACUGGGAUUCAGGGAGAUGGGGUGAGGGAGGGGAUGGGUUAGCUUUCCUGAUGACAUGUUAAGUAAUUUAAAAUGAUUUAAAAAAAAAAAAAGACACUGUUGCCAAAGAGAAGAUCUCUUUGCUUGGAAAAAAAAAUGCGUUUAGAAAAAGAUAAAAAUAAAUAGAAAGAAGAUCUAUUUUUAUAAAUGAUAAUUAAAAUAAUAAUUAUUGAAGAAUUUUUACAAGAAUCUGGAUUUGAAAAAAAGAGACAAAUAUUUUGACUGGCUAACUGGGGGGCCGG